AGGCGUCUUGUCCCGGCCGCGCCGCCGUCGGACGCCGGUGUCGGAGGUCGCGGCGGCGGCGGCGUCGCUGCGGGGCUUCUCACCCGGAAACGCGCGGCCGCCUGACCCGAGCGUGGCCCUGGUCUCCGCGGCGCGCGCCGGCCGGGCCCCAGGUCCUCGCGGCGGUCCCCGCGGAGCCGGACGGGGGGUGGGGAGGAUGGUGCCGGGCGGCCCCGGCUGAGCGCGGAGCGGCCGUGGGAGCAGCGCCGCCGCCGGAGCGGGGUUGCUUGAGAUGACUCUAGGAUACUGCAAUUCAGACACUUAACUCACCAUCCCAAGUGGAGCUGGUCAGAAUAAUGUUCAGCAUCAACCCCCUGGAGAACCUGAAGCUGUACAUCAGCAGUCGGCCUCCUUUGGUGGUCUUCAUGAUCAGUGUGAGCGCCAUGGCAAUAGCUUUCCUGACCCUGGGCUAUUUCUUCAAAAUCAAGGAGAUUAAAUCACCAGAAAUGGCAGAGGAUUGGAAUACUUUUCUACUGAGGUUUAAUGAUUUGGACUUCUGUGUAUCAGAGAAUGAGACAUUAAAGCAUCUUACAAAUGACACCACGACUCCAGAAAGCACAAUGACCAGUGGGCAGACCAGAGUGUCCACCCAAUCCCCACAGGCCCUGGAGGAUUCAGGCCCAAUUAACAUCUCGGUUGCAAUCACCCUGACUCUGGACCCACUGAAACCCUUUGGAGGAUACUCCCGAAAUGUCACUCAUCUAUACUCGACCAUUUUAGGGCAUCAGAUUGGACUUUCAGGCAGGGAAGCCCACGAGGAGAUAAACAUUACCUUUACCCUCCCCACAGCGUGGAGUUCGGACGACUGUGCCCUUCACAGUCACUGUGAGCAGGUGGUGUUCACAGCCUGCAUGACCCUCACAGCCAACCCCGGUGUGUUCCCUGUCACAGUACAGCCACCACAUUGUGUUCCUGAUACGUACAGCAACGCCACGCUCUGGUACAAGAUCUUCACGACUGCCAGAGAUGCCAACACAAAAUAUGCUCAAGAUUAUAAUCCUUUCUGGUGUUACAAGGGCGCCAUUGGAAAAGUGUAUCAUGCUUUAAAUCCCAAGCUGACCGUUAUUGUUCCAGAUGAUGACCGUUCAUUAAUAAACUUGCACCUCAUGCACACCAGUUACUUUCUCUUCGUGAUGGUGAUAACAAUGUUUUGCUAUGCUGUUAUCAAAGGCAGACCAAGCAAAUUGCGUCAGAGCAAUCCUGAGUUUUGCCCUGAGAAGGUGGCUCUGGCUGAUGCCUAACCCCCCAGCUGGUGGCUUGCUGAGAGACUGAGGAACCAUAAUCAUUGCCUGCUGAACCCAGCCUGGGCCUGGACACUCUGUGAAUACAUUAUCUCGCAAUGUUGGGUUAUUCCAGCCAAAGACAUUUCAAAGUGCCUGUAACUGAUUUGUAUAUAUUUAUAAAAAUCUAUUCAGAAAUUGGUCCAAUGAUGCACGUGCUUUGCACUGGGCGCAGCCAGAAGCCGUCAGCCUCACCUGUACACUUGGCAAGAUGUUCUCUUGGAGCGCCAAAGGGGAGUGGUGGUCUUGCUCUUGGAGCAAAUCGUGCCACGCUGUCUUUUAAGAGGUCACCGGGCAUUCGUUACUGGUGGGGUUGAGGUUUGCUUUUGUUCAAAACAGUCUGCGCCUUUGAUAUGAUACUGCAUUUCCAAAGCCACCGAUCCAUUUUGUGGAUUUUAUGUGUCUGUGGCUUAAAAAUCAUAGUAACAACAGUAGUACUGUUUUCUCUGUUUUGCUUGCAAGGAAACAUGCCUAUCUUUAUCAGUUUUUUUUUCCCUUUGAAGAAAAAAAGUACAAUAGUUACAUUUUAAUACUGCUCUAGUUAGGACAGACUUACGCUUUUUUAUCUUGAGUAAAAAGUUAAGUACUUAAGAGUCACUACACAAUAAAGAUCUUAAGUUUCAUUUUCCACUUUGGUGAGAAGUAUGGCUUGAAUUGGCACAGAAUGUCUCCCCCUUUCUCCUCUGUUGCUCAUUCUUUUCAUUGUAAUAGUUACAGCAGUUUCUUUGCGCUAGAGGCUUGAAAAUAACAAUAUGACUUUAGAAUAAAUUUAACCCUUUUCUGGAAUGCAGAUAACAUUAUGGAAAGAAAGAAUGAUUUGGUUUAAUAGUUAAUUGGUGUUUUUGAAGAGGAGAUGAACUCUCCUUUUUUUACAAUUAAGGAAUGGUCAGAAGAAAAAGUAACAUUUCCUGGUAACAAUGCUGGAUGAUGUGACAAAUAUGCCUGUGAAAUUUUAAUCAAAGCCACUUACUAGGAAAACCAAAAGCGCUUCCUAGUAACAUUUUGAUGAUCUAGUUUUUGCUUUCUUUUUCCUUUUAAUCCAUUUCCAUUUAUAUUUCAUUUAUAUUUAAAAAUGUGUGAUUUUUUUUCCCUGUACUUAUUUUUUGUUUUUCUCUUUUCAAUUAAAAAAAAUCGAUAGCUCUUUUAGCUCUUUGCCUUAAUAACUCAUCAUCAUUAGUGAUUUCUGUGUUCUCCCAAGCACUGUUCCAGCAAAAGGGCAAAUAAAACCUUAGACAUGACUGUCAGUUCUUCUAUCUCUUAACUCUUGGCGUAUAGUCUGUUCUAAGUUAGAAUCAGUCCUACAGUCUGAAAUGUAUUGGCCCAGUAUGUUUAUCGCAGGCAUUCUUGAAUGGAAAGCAGUUGUUUUUUAACUGAAGAUGGUUAAAAUAAUCACCAUAGUAACUAGAUAUGUUUGUAAUCCUUUUUUCCUUUUAGUACAUUUCAAGCGUGAUAAUGACUUGUCUAUCCAGUUGUUUUUUUUUUUUUUUUUUGUCUGUUACGAGUUGCUUAAUGAUGCAUGGCUAAUUUGUUCAUUUGGUUUUCUCUUUAGAGACUGGAGGCUCUGAUGAGGUAAGAUAGAGAAAGAGCCAUUUAUUUGGCUUGACCUUUACAAACGCGGCAUCAUUAAGACCAACAGAUUUUAGAUUAAGCUGCUACCGAAUUGAUGGAAUCCCAUCGAAGUGGAGUUACAGGAUUAGAUUUAUAACUGACGAAGUAAUAUCAAAGGAGAAAGGCAGGCAAAAGAAGUCAGUUUCACUGGUUUGUGCAAUCCAGCAUGUUGGCUAAUUUUAACCCCCCUUGUUUGUCGAAUAGGGAAUGGCUGGAAUCUGUAGCUAGGAAAGGAAGGAAAGGAAGGGCCUCAGGUGCCUGGACGAUCUAAUUCGUGGUAAAGCUAGGACACAGUUUAAAACCCAGCAUUCACCCUAGCAGGUAAUCCAGAGUUCAGAGCCCAGAGCCACGCAGGUAUCCAAGGGAGGUAGGGGAGGCUGGGAGCCCAGGGGAGCUGGGAAGAAGUCUAAUGACCGGGGACUUCCCUGGAGCCUCAGGAAGCCCAGAGGAUCCGUUAGUACUUGGACACCGCCGGGUCUGGCUGGCGACUGCAGGAGGAGAGUGUCACAGACAGGGCCUGUUUGCCGUCCAGGGGUGACCCAGCACAGGAGCACUCGCUCAUCCUCAGGCACCUUGGACUGGAUAAGGUCCAACAGAAGGUCAGCAACUUACUAUUAAAAUGGUUGUUUCAGAUCAUAUUGAUCUCUUUUCCUUUUUUCCUUUUGUCCUUUCACUGUUUGACUUGAAUCAGUUUUGAUUCUAUUUGUAAGUUUUUCUUUUCAUCAGGAACCUGCCAUUUCUGUUGCGUUUUCUUUGGCAGUGUGUAGGUAAUUCAAUAUCCUGGUUUCCAACCCUUCUGCGGGCACUGUAGGGUUAGGAGGGCCAGCAGAUCAUUUCACUUAUCUUGCUGCAUGAUGGUCAGUAGCUGAUCUGUUAUGGCAUUCACUUCCAGAUUAAUUUUCUGUGUUUGAAAUAUGUGCAUAUGUGCUUUACAGAAUAAAACAUCUGAAUUUA